GAACGUGAUCUACUGGUUGGAAAACACAAAACCAACUUGGAAUCUAUAGAGAAAUUAUCGAAUAAGUGUAAAUAAAUUAAGAAACAAAAAAACAACAGCAAUGGAAGCUGAGAACGGCGAGGGACAAGUUCAAGUGCAUUUGAAAACAAAACAGGAACAAUAUGGUGUACCCGAUGUUCCAUAUUCCAUUGAUGCCACGGUGGCCACCACCGAAUUGAAUACCUUUGUCAAUACGUUGCUGGAACAAACAUCAACAGAUGGUAGCCAUCGAACGGUUGAAUUUGAUUUUUUGGUCUUCGAUGAAUAUCUGAGAGGGAGACUGUGUGAUCAUUUGCGUGAGAAGGCCAUUUCCUUUGAAGAUGCCAUUGAAAUUGAAUAUGUUGAAAGAUUCCCAGCGCCGGAGCCACAAGAUUGUCUGCUACACGAUGAUUGGGUAUCAGCUGUGAAAACAUGUGGCAAAUGGGUGCUAACUGGUUGUUAUGAUAAUACCAUUAACAUUUGGACAAUUAAGGGAAAACAUGUCCUCACCAUACCCGGUCACUCUAUGCCAAUUAAAGCAGUAUCAUGGGUAUCAUUGGAUGAAGAGCGAGGUAAAUUCAUAUCAUGUUCUCAGGAUCAAACAGCAAUGCUGUGGGAAUGGAUGGUCGAAACAAAUUCCGUCGAAUGUGUAUCGGUGUGUAAGGGUCAUGAACGUGGCAUCGAUUGUGUUGAUGUUAGCCCUACGAAAGAUAAAUUUGCCACCGGUUCAUGGGAUACAAUGUUGAAAAUAUGGUCGACGGAUAUUAAUGAAGCUGCUGAAGGUUCGUCGAAGAAGGCCAAACUUGAAACGGGAUCAACAAGGACCCCCAUAAUGACAUUACAAGGUCACCGUGAAUGCAUUUCAGCUGUACAAUGGAUGGACAAGGAUACCCUAUUGACCAGCAGUUGGGAUCACACAAUGAAGGUGUGGGAUUUAAAUAUGGAGGGUAUUAAAACUGAAAUUUCCACAAAUAAGUCAAUUUUCGAUGCUAGUUAUUCCAAUCUGAAUCAUCUUAUUGUCACUGCUUCGGCCGAUAAGAAUAUAAGACUUUAUGAUCCAAGGACAAAUCAUGGUUCUGUGGUACGCAACACCUAUUUGGGUCAUCAGCAAUGGGUUGAAACAAUUAUGUGGUCAACAACAGAGGAAUAUUUGUUUGUGUCAGGGUCAUAUGAUAAUCAAAAUAAAUUGUGGGAUUGUCGUAGUCCUAAGGCACCUCUUUACGAUUUAAUUGGCCACGGCGAUAAGGUCUUGGAUAUUGACUGGUCAAAUCCUAAAUAUAUUGUAUCUGGUGGUUCCGAUAAUACCGUACGUGUCUAUAAAUCACGUAAGGCGGUAAAUGCGGAUAGUAAAAUGGAAUAA